GCUCCGCUGCUGUCUCCCUUCUCUGGGUCUCUCUCUCUCUCUCUCUCUCGCUGAGUGUGUGUGCGUGUGUGUGUCUUUCUCCCUCCACUGACAGUGCAGAGGGAGAUGGGCUCCCGGCGGCGGCUGCUGCUGCAGCACUCCUACUGAGAAAAAAAAAGGAUGUGGCGCUUCCCCGUCAAGAAGAUCCGCAAACAGUUCAAACUGCUCCUGCUGCUGGUCCUGCUCACCUUCGGCAUCUGGUUCACGUACCUGCACGUCGCGGUGCUCAAGAGUGGCCGGGCGCUCAAGCUGCACAUUGCCUAUGGACGCGAUGCAGAGAAGCUGAGUGAAGCUACAAACACUGGAAGGAAAGCUGGCUCUAUCCAUGCUGCCUCCAACAAAAGGACGACCGAUGACUCCAGUGACAGUCAGGAAGAUGAACAGAUGUUGGACACACCAAACAAAUAUGGUAGACCUUCACAAGGUGAGCCUGAUGGUUAUCAAAGAGGAUUCCGGCAGCCUUUGAACUUGACUGAGAUAUGUUUGCCUUGGAAACCAGAGUACAAAGGCAAAGUGAACCUUCAUGUUUUUGAGGAUUGGUGUGGCUCUUCCAUUUAUCAGCUUCGGAAGAAUAUUCAUUUUCCACUUUACCCUCAUACACGUACCUCGGUGAAUAAGAUUGCUGUUUCUCCAAAAUGGAAGAAUUAUGGGCUUCGGAUAUUUGGCUACAUACAUCCCUACAAAGAUGGUGAUUUCCAGUUUGCAAUUGCGUCAGAUGAUAAUUCCGAGUUUUGGCUCAGUUCUGAUGAAAGUCCUGCAAAUGCCAGACUACUGAUGCACUUAGGCAAGCUGGGAACAGAGUGGGCUGCUCCAGGCGAGUUUACCAAAUUCAGAUCUCAAGUCUCCAAUCCAGUCCAUGUUAUUUCUGCAAGACGGUACUACUUUGAGGUGCUCCACAAGCAGGAUGAUAAGGGGUCAGACCAUGUAGAAGUUGGGUGGCGGCCAUUUCUCCCUGGAGUGAAGUUUGAGAUUAUCAGUUCACCGCACAUCUCGCUGUACACAGACGAAUCAUCACUGAAGAUGAACAGUGUUGAUCAUAUCCCACAAACCCGUGCAAGUCAUGCUGGAGGUAACAAGAUGGCACGCCGAGAGUUGCAUGCUGCAGAUAUGCUUAAACCAGAUCCCAGGGAUAUCUUCUUUCUGACUCCAGCAAUAGAUCCAUCGAGGGUGCAACAUGUCCUUCCACCCUGUGCAUACUCACCGACUUACAUUGUGAAGGAUUUUCCCAUCGCUCGCUAUCAAGGACUGCAGUUUGUCUACUUGUCCUAUGUCUACCCAAAUGACUUCACCAGGCUCACUCACAUGGAAACAGAGAACAAGUGUUUCUACCGGGAGAGCCCUUUGUAUUUGGAAAAAUUUGGAUUUUACAAGUACAUGAAGAUGGAUGAAGAGGAAGAAGACAAGCCAUUCUUGUUUGAUAAUCCAGAGGAUUUCCCAGAAGAGUCGGAAGGCGUAGACACUGAAUCCAUACUAAGCAAUAGUCAGGUAACAUGGGGCAAGAGUCAUGUGAAAGAGCAUGAAAAUGGCAGCCUGGCUCAGGACCAAGUGGUUGCAGAGAGGAAACCUCCGCCAUCAGUGGCAGACAACAGGAAUGACCUUGAUGAUGACCCAUUCAACCACGGGAAAAGGUCAGCGUUCAGAGAACACCACGUUGUGAAAUUGCAAAAGAAGGCCUUAGAUCCAAUUCCUCAGGGAGAUAAUAUGGCCCCAUCUGCUGCCUACGAGAGUCAGGAAAUGGGCAUCUUUCACAAGCUAAACAGCAGAAGUAGCAGGUCCCUAACCUGGGCUAAGCUCAUCCCGGAAGAUUUGAGUAAAAAGCCGGCCAACCAGUCAGCUCUAUCCAAGCUGGGGAAAGGGAGCAUGUUCAACUUGCAGCCCCAGAUUUCUAUCCCCUUAAUCGCCAGCAAAACCAAGCAGUUUUUGAGUAACUCGGCUCACGCUGGGUUCCACAAAAAAAGACUCGGUGAGCCCAAGAAGCUGCAGAACAAAAUCUACGUGACAAGGCCCCAGGAGAAAAAGAAAAGGACGCUGCAGGCUGAGAAGACCAAGGAGUUGUUCCCUAUAAUGAACGUGCUUACCAGCACAAAGACUGUGGGACUGCCAGACACAGGUCUGGAGAGGAAUGUGGCUUCUAAUGCAAGGGGGAAGAAAACAACACCGUACCUCAGGAAUAAAAUCUUUUGGUUAAAUAGCAACACUUCACAGGAGGAGGGGAAAGUGCAAGAUGCCAACAAUGGCGCACAACAUGGUUCAACCACCCAAAAGGCGAAAAUAAACUGGAAGGGACUGCAAGAAAAUCUGGAGCAGUAUCGGGGUGACAGGAACAGAUACAUCAUUACCCCAACGCCCCAAAUUCACCUUCUAAGCGAGGAGGUCUUGGGCAAGGAAGAAGCCCCAGUUCACAAUGAAGGGAAGGAUCCUAAAUCAAUGGGCAUUGCUGCUGAAGAGACACCCUACUGGAAGACUGACGACCUGAGUGAAUCCCAGCAAACAUACACCGACCAGUUUGAGGUGACUGAUGACGGACUGUCAGAUUACAGCUAUGAGGAUCCUGAGCCACAGAGAGGUUGGAUAGAGGAGACCAUCAACUGGCAACGGACAUUCAGCGUUAGCUCCAUGGAUUUUGAGCUCCUGCGGUCAGACUGGAAUGACCUCCGGUGCAAUGUUUCAGGCAACCUGCAACUAAGCGAGAGCGAGGUGGUGGAUGUUCUUGCACAGUACAUGGAGAAGCUGAAUGAGAAAAACGGAGGAGUCUAUACACUUCUGCGGAUCGUUAAUGUGGAGAAGCGGAGGGAUUCAGCUCGUGGUAACAGAUACCUCAUUGAACUGGAGCUGAUGGAGAAGGGGAGAAAAGUGGUCCGUUUGACAGAUUACAUCUACCUCUUGCUGCACAGAACCAAACAAGAUGAUGGAAUUGAAGCGACCAUGCAGUUGCAAGAUAAGGAACCCACUCAGCUGAAUGUUCCAUACCACAAGUCUCUCCUCUGCCAACCUGUAGGUUUACACGUGAGACCUGAUGUCAUGGUACAUUUUGUCGUCCCAGUAAAGAACCAGGCCCGGUGGGUGCAGCAGUUCAUUAUGGAUAUGGAAGACCUCUACAAGGCAACAAAGGAUGAAAGCUUCAACAUUAUCAUCAUUGACUUUGACAGUAGUGACAUGGAUGUGGAACAGACCUUGAAGAACAGCAAACUGCCUCGGUAUCAGUAUUUGAAACGAACUGGGAGUUUUGAGCGCUCGGCUGGGCUUCAGGCAGGAGCAGAUGCUAUCGAGGACAGCCACACAAUUCUAUUCCUGUGUGACCUGCACAUCCAUUUCCCCAUCAGCAUCAUAGACAAUAUUAGAAAGCAUUGUAUAGAAGGGAAACUGGCAUAUGCCCCUAUUGUGAUGAGACUGAGCUGUGGCAGCUCCCCUGUUGAGCCUGACGGGUACUGGGAAGUAAACGGAUUUGGACUGUUUGGUAUCUUUAAAAGCGAUUUUGACAAGAUUGGAGGAAUGAACACGGAGGAGUUCCGGGAUCGAUGGGGCGGAGAGGAUUGGGAGCUACUGGACAGGGUACUUCAGAGUGGCCUGGAGGUUGAACGAUUGCGCCUCAGGAACUUCUAUCAUUAUUUUCACUCCAAGCGAGGGAUGUGGGAUUCUCAGGCCAAGAAAACCACAAAGGAACCGAAUGAGGGUUGAAACUUUGUCUAUGCACUUUAAGGAAAAGAACAUAAACCAGCAGACAUGUGCUCCACAGGAGAACCAGCCGAUUACCGAGCCACAUGGGAGCCAUUCCCUUUUGAAGGAUGUGUUUGUCCUUUUUGACUCCACACAUGGAAUUUCUCUCUCCAAACCCUGCUGUUCCGUUUCUCAGCCGUCACAAAAGUUGAGUAGUUGUGGAAUAACCGAAACACAAAAGAACUGGACAAAAGCCAAGUAGAAUACAAACAAGGACCACAAGUCAGUAUAUUGGAAUCUUUUCAAAUUGUGACAUUUGUGAAAUAUCCUUAGACAUCUUGGUGUCACUCUUCAUCAAAUAUUUGACCCUGUUGACCCAGCUCUGUGAUCCAGUCGGUUGUUGCUGUUUUCACCAUUGAUCACAAGCUUCGGAAUAUUAGUUUUCCCAGGUUUCUAUUUUGGUGCAUAAUAUAUUGGAUUAUAAGUAUUCACAGCUGGUUCUUGCUGAGCAAAUGACAUCCCUCUCCAUCACCGGCCUUUCAGCAUAAGCUCAAUGUAAUAAAAAAAAAUACACACACACACAUACACACACAUGCUCAUUCUCACACUUGACAUCUUGGACCAAACUUGUUCGGAAUGUUCACUCGAACAACAGUGACGCCAACUGCCCCAGGGUUUUCCGGAUCCCGUUCCGACAUGUUGCCUGUUGGUUUAAGUGGACUCUGUCCUUCAAAAAGGCAGUGCGUGUACUCAUUGAAGCUAGCUACUUCGAGUCUGACCUAAUGAAGCCUUAUUCUGACGGUGGCCCCUGGUCUGGAGAGGGAUAAUUUUGGUUAUUACAAAGGCGCAUUUCAGAAGCCAAGCUGAAUCUUUGGUCUCAACAAGGAUACAUAGACACGUUACUGAAUGUGUGUUGGUAAUCACACCCUUUGAGCUGUUUUCUGCUGUAACAUGCAAAGAAAGAGUAGACUCAAGCAAAGGACUGAUGCCAAAGACUUUUUUGUCAAAAGCUGGAUCGGUUCUACAUGAUUUUAAAGACAGUAUCGCAGCUUCUGCGCGUGAUACACCAUCUCACUUGACUCUGACCAAUCUUACAAAAAGCAACUUUGUCUUAUAUUUUUUUCCUUACCUUGAAAAUCAAACAUGGAGUAGAGGCACAGGGUGUUGAGGGGAAUUUGAAGUUUUCAGGACUAAUUUAUGGAAUUGAAUCUUAAUUAAAUAUUUAAACUGAAUCGUUAGGACUACAUGUUACACUAGUUGUGUUGAGAAUUGGUGAUGCCUUUUAGGAUGUUCUUAGAAUGAUGUGUUCUGAAUUUAUAAAAUGGAAAAUCAGUUUUAAUCCACACUGCUAGCUAGGAAUGUUGCUGUUUGAUAUCAUCAUCGGGAGGAUUAAAUGUUUACAAAAAUACUCCAAGUGGCAGAAUUGCUUUUGUUAUUAAGUAUUCUGGAUGAAGGAUUUUUAAUAAAAAAAUAUUAUUUAUUCAGAUGACAGUCCUCCAAUUGAAUUGGUAAAAUAUUUGAAAUUCUGUCGAUUGUCACUGGCAAACAAACAGUCAGUGACAAACUAUAAUCGGAUUUCAUAAUUGACCAUGUUGAAUUUGAAAAGAAGUCGCUCUUUAGUCUUUAUGUUUUUAAAUGGCUGACAGCUAGUCUUAAGAAAUAAUAUUGGCCUUCCCCAUGCAUCUGGAUGUUGAGCUUGAUGCUCCUAGGUGCCGGUUAUAGUCGGGUGUUGGUAGGACACUAAAAUUGGCCUGUGUAUGUGCAACUAGUUUUGAAUAAAAUUGAAAAGCAAACAUGCCUUUUACAAA